UGACGAGACGCGCGCUCUCGCGUAGGAGCUCCUUGGUCCCUCCUUCUCCAUUGACGGGACGCUUCAACGAAGGUCGCCAGGCCGGUGUCUGGGGGCCUCUGGACCCCCGCGGGGCGCCAAUGCUAUUUCCUGCAGAGACCAUGGUGGGUACAGGAGUGGCUUCGUGGAGGCGGCCGAUGCCGUGACUGCAGCGCCUCCUCCCCUCUGCCCAGGCCUUCCCAAGGAGGAUGAAGAAGAUGAAGAAGAUCUUGCGGCUGGGGAGGAAAAGGAAGGAGCAGCAGCCGCCACCACCGUCCCCGGCCCGGUGCGUGAUCUCUGCCCCCGCCUCCUGCGCCUCCCCAUUUGGCUGUGCUGGGAGCGGCAGCUACAAGGUGCGGAGCAAGGAGCUCGGCAAACUGCACCGGGCAGCGGCCGAAGGAGACAUCGGCGAACUCCGGCAGCUCCUGCAGAAGCAUGACCUCAACGAGCAGGACAGAGCCGACAGAACUCCUUUGCACUUUGCCUGUGCCAGUGGAUAUACAGAUAUUGUUACUUUCUUGGUAGACAACAAAUGUGAAUUAAAUAUCUGUGAUAAAGACAAGAGAACUCCACUAAUGAAGGCUGUACAAUGUCAGCAAGAAUUCUGUGUAGCUUACCUACUUGAGCAUGGAGCAGACCCUUCUCCUAUGGACAUCAACAAUAACACUGCCCUCCACUUUGCUGCCUCUAAUUCUAGCAUAUCUAUAGCAAAACAUUUACUUGAACAUAAUGUUGAUCUUGAAGCAAAAAAUAAGGAUGGGAGUACACCUCUAAUUCUUGCUGUAACUGAAAAUAAUCGAGAAAUGGUGGAGUUUCUUCUUGAAAAAGGAGCAUCAGUACAUGCUACAGACAAGUCAGGAAGAACUGCCUUAUUGAUUGCUGCCUCUAAUAAAAGACGUGAUUUAACAAAUGUUCUUCUCCUACAUGGAUCAGAUGUUUUCCAUAGAGAUGAAAGUGGAUGGUCAGCUGAUGAUUAUGCAAUGAUAAGUGAUGAUCCUAUCUUGAUUCAGUAUAUUGCUGACUAUUCCAAAUGGAAAAAUACAGAAGAUGAUUCCCCUGAUGAUCAAAAAGUCCUGUCUGUAUUGAGCAGUCCAGAAAAAGCUGGUGAUACUGGUAUUACGUUGGGUGCACCUGCCACAAAUAAGGAAGUUAUUGAUGAUCAUUCUUCUGGAGAUUCAGUGAGAGAUUCAAGAAGAACAGAUAAUGACAGCUGGCUUUCUUCAGAAGAGGAAGAAUUAGACUUCAGUCCUAAGAAACCACAAAAACCAAGUUUGGCUCAGCUAAUGAAUGUUUCUCAGCAGCUGAAGAAAAAUAUAGAUGAAAAAAGUAGCAUUAUCAGAAAAGAACACAUUGGCAUUUCACAGCACAAUAAAUCAGAUAUUGAAGCUGAAGAUCUCAAUGGGCCCCUUCCUCAGCCUUUGUUCCAAGUCAAAUCCUUCCCUCAUCCCAUCCAUUCCUCACCUGGCUCCUUUUCCAAACCUUCCCAGAUGACUUCUUACUUGGAUUUUAAGCAGGAAGAAUCUUCAGAAGAUCAGGAGGAGGAGAAGGAUGAUGAGGAGGAAGAGGAGGAAGAAGAUGGUGAAGAAGAAAAUCAGAAUUUUUCAGUUGCUGUGGAUAAACAUUUAACUUGUAAAGGGAACUCUCAGAAUCCGAAUCCCUCACAAGAUGGCAUUGUUAGAAAGGCUUCAUCAACAUUAGGAAUGAAUGAACAAGAGGAACAGAAGGAUACAGAAUCUCCAUGGGAUUCAGAGUGUACUUCAGAAAGCCCCAGAAAGCCAACUAUUGGUUCUUUGCCUAUAUCUCCUGCCAAAAUGCACAGCAUUACAGAAGAACCAUGUAAUGGGAAAUCAGAUAAUUUACAGCCAAAGACUAAUAAAGCAAAUUGGGAACAUGAUGCUACUAGUAGAGAUGCCAGAGAAAAGCAAAAAUCAGAUUUAAUGGAAGAACUUGGCUUAGAUGCUGCAGAUGAUAUUGAAGAUGCUUCUGACUGGGAUUCAACCAGCAUUUCACUUAAGAGUGUUCCCUGUACUAAAUCUUUUAACAACUUGAUGCUGGAAAAUCCUCCAUAUCCAUUACAGUUAGCAAAAGAUGUUCAACAUAAUGAACAAAAAGGUGAAUUUGGAACUGAUGAGAACAAGGAUAAAGGUGUAAUAGACACUCACAAUUCUAUAGAAAAACCAUCACCUGAAAAGCAGAUUGACAAUACUGAACUUUCAUAUAUUCAUGAUGAAAAGAAAACUGGAGAACUAAUUCACAAUGAAGAAUCAAACAAUGAAUGCAGCAAUUUUGAUUCAACGCUCUGGGAAGAAAGAUAUGAAAAAAUGUGGGUUGCUAAUGAAAAAAAGGAAGUUAAAACAAAUUUUAAGAGCAUUACAGCAGAGCUAAAGCAGAUGUUUGGUGAAAUUAUAAGUAGCAAAGUAGAUAUGUCUGUGGAAGGAAGAUCACAAGAUGGCAUCAGUGAUGUAUUAGAGGACAUAAAACAAUCAUCAUCACCUCAUCUGUCUGAAGCUACCAUUGAUAUACAAGGAAAGGGUGAUAUUGGACAGUUAAAGUCUGUCACUUCAGAAAAAACACUCAACACUGAAAACUCAGUUUUAUAUCCUCAAAAUCCUGUUUCUCAUAUGCUUCUUUUUAAACCAUGUGAAAAUUGGAAGCAAAAUGUUGAACAAAACUGGAAAACAAAUAAUGAGGUUUUAUCUAAUAAUAUAGAAGGUACAAAAAUACAUGUAAGUGAAGAAGGAAAUGACAAUACAUGUGUACAACUGGAAACAAAUGUGGAUGGCAAUACUACUGCUUCAGGAACAUGUCCUCUUUAUUCACCAACCCAUUGUUUUAAAGACAUCAUUUCAAGUACAAGUUUUGAAGCUACCUGUAUCAAACAACCAGUUGUGACUGACAAUUUAAACACAUGUUUUGAUAUAGCUAAAAGUACAAGUCAAGAAAUGGCAUGCUAUUUUAAUGCUAGUAAAUAUUUUGAUACUGAGAUUGGAACUAAAGUGAAAUAUUCUGAACAAACCUGCCAUCAGUCAACAAAAAAAGAACUGGAUGAUGAAUUAGAACGCGAUGUUGCAAGAUUUAAGAAUGAGGUAGGAAUGCUACAGAUAGUGUUCCUGGCAUUGGAGAAAGAAAAAGCUCAACUGCAAAAAGAGGUUGAAGAGGGAAAAAGAAAAUGGGAGUUGGAGGCUGAAGGAAGAAAAGAAACUGCAGAUAUUGAAAAGAAGUUGGCUGUGGAUAUUGAACAGAAAACUGAGCAGAAGCCUACAGUAAAUGAAAACCAGCAUAUUAAACUAGAAGGUGAAAUAGAAGAAGAAAGCCAAAUAAUUAACAGAAUUUCCUCACCAGAUAGAAAGGGAUUAAUUCCAAUACCUUGUCCAGGGAAAAAUCUUACUGCCAGUGUGAAGGAUGUAAGAAAAGGGGGAAAACAAAGGCGGAUUUCAAAGCAAAGAAUUAAUCAGCAGAUUAUGGAAAAUCUACACCAACUGGAGGAUGACAGCAGUUUGAGUGAAGUUUCUCCAGAAGAAGCAGGAUGUCCAGCCAAUGAAAAUAAGAUCUACAAUGCAACGGACAUUGAUAAUGAUUUCGAUGACUUUACUCAGUCUUCAGAUACAGCUACAGAGGAUAUUGAGUUGCCUACUUUAAUGUAUAAAGAAGCUGUUAUAUUGAUAGAACAACUUAGUUUGGAUAGUAAAGAUUCUGUAAGUCUCCAGAAAAUUCAAAAUAUAUUUCAUGGAUAUGAACGUUUAAUUGAACAUGAAAAGGGACGUUAUACUCAGCAAUUAAGAAGAGUUAAAAAACUUGAGAAAGAGAAAAAAGAACAGCAGAGAACAUUGGAAGAAAUGAGAGAAAUGAAAUCUAUGUUGGAACAUCAAAAAGUAGAAUGGGAAAGUGAUAUCAGUAGUCUCAAAUUUUCUUUGAAAGAAGAAGAAGAAAAGAGGGUGAGUGCUGAAAUGCUGUAUGAGAAAAGUCAAGAACAGUUAAGGAAGAAAGAGGAGCAGUACUGUAAACAGUUGGAAGAAAAACAGCAACUUGAGUUAACACUGAGAAGUCUAGAAAUGGAACUGAGAACACUGAAAAAACACCUGAAACAGGUUGAAGAAGAACGCAAUGAAACACAGCGCCAGCUCUCUCAAGAACAAAAUGCCAGAGCUCUACAAGAGGGUAUUUUGAGCAGCCACCUCUGGAAGCAGAAGGAGCUAGAGGAAGAAUCAAAAAGAACAGCAGCUAAACAUUCUGAGAUAACUGAUAGUCAUGACCAAGAAAAGGAGCUGUUCCACAAAAAUCAAAUACUUCAAGAUGAACUUUCUGUAUUAAGAUUAGAGCUUGACCACAUAAGGAUUCGACAUCAGGAAGAAGAAAGCAAAUAUUUAGAAGAAAAUGAAACCUUGAAAGAAAGAACAGAAGAACUUAAAAAAGAACUGAAACUAAAUGAAGAGGCUUUAACUCAAACAGUUUUCCAAUACAAUGGGCAAAUUAAUGUAUCAAAAACAGAAGUUGCAAUCCUAACAUCCAAAUUAGAGCAUAUUAAAGAAAACAAAGAAAGAUUGGAAGUAGAACUUGACUCAUUUCGUUCCCGUUUGAAUUCUACUGUGCAAGAACUUGAAAGAUGCCAGUUGUCAAAAAAUGAUCUUGAGCGAAUGCUUCAACGAGAGCGUGAUGAGUGGCUUCGUUCAAAAGAAAAACUGGAUCAUGAUCUGUGUGCUCUACGAGAAACCAACAAUAGUAUGUCUCAACAGUUAAGUAAAGCUGAGAGUAAGGCUAACAGCCUAGAAAAUGAACUCCAUCAUGUAACACACAGUCUCAGAGAAAAGAGUUUGCUGUUAGAGAGUAUUCAGAGAGAUUUAAGUCAGGCACAGGGCCAAGUGAAAGAGCUUGAAAAUGUACGACAAGUUGAAAAGGAUCAAAUUAACAAAUAUGCUGUAAAACAAGAAUCUAUGCAAGAACGAUUGGCACAGCUUCAAAGUGAAAACCUCUUACUUCGACAGCAAUUUGAAGAUUUUCAAAAUAAGGGUAUUAUCAAAGAAAAAGUAGUGACUGAUGUGCAAGACAGAUUCAGUGAUAUAUUUAGCAAACUCAGGGCUGAUACUGAAAAGCAAGUGCAGAUGAUAGAAGAAAGAAAUAAAGAAUUAAUCACAAAAUGUAAUGAUUUAAGAGAGCAAAUCUUCAAAUAUGAAACAGAAAAGAUGGAUAGAGAGGGUACAAUAAGGCAACUGCAGCAGGAACUUGCAGAUUCUCUUAAGAAGCAGUCCAUGUCAGAAGCUUCAUUAGAGGUUUCAACGCGUUAUCGUAUUGAUCUAGAAGAGGAUAAACAGCAACUUCAAAAUGAAAUAGACAAGAUAAAGGCCAAGCUAAAUGAGUCAGAAGAACAAUAUCUUCAGUCUGAAAGACUUGUUCAUGACUUAAGAAAUUCUUUGGAUGCUAAAGAACAUGAAUCAAGUCUGGCAGCUCAGAAAUUACAAGACCUUCUAGUAGCAUCAUCGGGAGCAAAUAAUACUAUAAAACAACUAGAGGAGCAUAUACAGAGACUUGAAAUAGAAAAUGCCAGAUUGGAAGCAACAACCAACCAACAAACUGGUAAAAUUGAGAUUCUUCAGAAAGACCUGAAGGAUAGUGUCACUGUUCACAGUCGUCUUGAGGAAUUGAUCACGGGCUUACAAACAACAAAAAUUAAUUUAGAAGAGCAGCUAAAUCACCAGGUCCAGAAGCAAACCAUGCUCUCAGUAACUGCACAAGAUACUCACAAUAUGUGGGAAGAAGAACUGAAGUCAAGAUCAAAACUUGGAAUUCGCCUUUCUGAGCUUGAAAGAGAAAAGACAGAGCUCAUGUCUCAGCUUGAAAUUGAAAAGAAAAAAGUGAAGAAGUUAGUUGAGUCAAAGCGAUCGAUGGAAAUACGACUAGAACAAGAAAUGAUUAGAAGCAGUGAAUUACAAAAAGAAUGUAACGGAAUUAAAAAACUUCUAAAAACAACUAAAAAGAAAGUAAAAGAAUAUGAAAGUGGAGAGAGUUCAUCUCAAACAAGCUUUCAUGGAGAAAUAAAGAACAAAUACUCAGAAAUUGAAAUAGAAGUUGGAAAGCUAAGAACAAAGGUUAAUGAACUUUCUCACCAUUUGGAAGUUGAGUCUUCAAGAUGUACGCAGUUGGAAUCUAUAAAUCGUGAUUUACAUGAACAGUUAUCUUCUAUGAAGAUACUUCACAGAAAUCAUGAAAAACUGGAGAGAAGCAAGGUGCAGCUGGAAGAAGAGGUUGCAAAUCUCAAACGCCAUGUACAGAGUAAUGUAAUGGACCUCAACCAAGUGGAACAGUACAAGAGAGACAUUGAAGAACGAGCUAGACAAGAAAUAAGACAAAAACUGGAAGAAGUCAAUUUGUUUUUACAGACGCAGGCAGCUUCACAAGAAACCUUGGAACAGAUAAGAGCUACUAGUACUGCUUCCCUGAGAAAUCAGUUGGAGAACAGAAUUAGAGAUCUGGAAUCUGAGCUGGCCAAACUGAAAAGUAGUCAGCAAGACAAUAUCUUACAAAAAGAGUCCACAUAUACAGAACUGGAAAGAUACAAGGGUCUGUAUUCAGAAGAACUAAAAAUGAGGAAGUCUUUGGGAAGCAAAUUGGAUCGAGCUAAUGAGAAACUAGCAGAAGCCAAUGCCAAGCUCUUUCAUGAACGCCACAAGAGCAAGUCUUUACUUGCCAACAGCUUUAUAAAUGGAAGCCUUUCAUCAGGUCCUGUCUUGGAAACAGUUCAGCUUGGAAAUAUUGGCAACAAUUUAGCAUUAAAUAGACCCCUUAGCCUUGGAGGAGGAUUCAUGAGCCCACCUGGAAACCCAUUAGCCUCAAAAAACAGGGUAGAAGCUUACCUGGCAAAGAUGCAGAUGGAACUAGAAAAAAAUAUCACCAAGGAACUAGACCAAGCUAAAGCUGAACUUGACACUGGAUCUGUUAGAGUCUCCCCUAUAGGAGCUGUUGAUGGAACUUCAAAAAACCUAAAUAUGGAACAAGAUCAAGUGUCCAAGGCUACACAGCAGUAUCUUGAUGUUUUAAAGAAAAACUAUAUGAUUUAAAUAAAUGCUGAUGAAAAAAUAGAGAUGUUGUUUCAUUACACAACAUUAUAAUGAACUGAACAUGUAAAAUGUGCAAUCUUUUAUACUCCGAAUCCUAUUAUAAGCAUAUCAGGCACAUUGCACUUGUAUUGGAAGAAAUACUGCAUAGCCAAAUGUUACAUGUUAUCAAAGCCAUAUUUCCUUAGCAAAUACUUUAUGUUUUACAGAACUGCCCAUGUUAUCUGCUACAGAUGGCUCAUAUUUUAUCCUGUUAUAUGUAGAUUUUAAACCAAAGCAUUUCCUGAAACAUUUAGCAAACAUUUUUUCUUUGUUUUUAAUAAAUUGGUAUAUUGUCAGGUAAUAGUUAAAAUGCUUGUCCAGUACACUUGUUUUGUAUCCUCUCCUGCACUCAAUACACAUGCAACACUUCCACUUCUCUCUAGCAAUUCCACAGAGGAUAGGAGUGCAACACUGAGAGGUCAACAUUUGUAACUUUACUGCAGUAUUCGGAUAUUCUAUUGCAACCACAGUGCCAAGAGACUUGUCAUUUGUAUUUUUAGAUGAUGUAUGAAAUGCACUGAAGUUAUAAUUGAAUAAAAUCGGUGUACAUGAA